CCCGAAAGGCAGCCUUAAAACGACUGCGUGACGGCCAAAUUGCUGCCCCCCGACGCCCGCGGCGGAAGGACAGGCAGUCGGUUCAUCGCAUCUGCCUUACGGCGCGGCAAAAAGGCAGGAGGAGAAACAGAUAGCUCCGCUUUUGGGAAGCACUAAAAGCCAUCAAUGCGGGACGUAAAGUUUAGCUGGGGCUGCGUCGGGGCCGGCUCGGCCAUCCUCCUCUUCAUCGCAGCUCUGGCCAACAAUGUGCGGCACGACACGCAAAUGGGGGGCGCCGCCGACGCCGUCGAGAACAACUGCCUCGCCACGACGGACCACACGUGCGCCAGCCGGACGAACCUCGCCGCGAAUAAAACCUGCCUCGUGUGCGUGUACCAGCCCUGCGACCGGUUCCGCCUGAAGGCCUGCGCGCCGAUCGAACCGCUCAAGCUGAAGGAGUGGCGGCACGACGCCCGCAAGGAACUUGACAUCGGCGUUGCGGCGCGGGACUUCAGCCUGACCGGAGGCCCCACGGACCUCCGCACCGGCGCGAUCAACGACCUCGUCGUUCUCAAAGCGUCGUGGGCGACGGAGGCGGUCGCCGCGAAGCGCCGUAUUUACGUGGACCUCGGCGCGAAUUUGUACGAGUCGUCGAUCGGCAACUGGUUCCGGGCGUCCUACCCCGACGCUGGAACGUACAAGGUCUACGCCUUCGAGGCGGAACACAAGUACGACGACAGCUACGCGGGCCACCCCGACGUGACGCUCUUACAUUACGCCGUUUCGACGGCGAACGGCACGGUGAAAUGGGGCAAAAUGGAGAAAAAGGGGGGGCGUACUCGCUCAGGGUUCGCCCUCGGGCCGGGCGGGCGGCGGCGCCUCGGAUCGGGGCACAACCUCGUCGCGGACGGGCGGCGGCGACUCGGGUCGGGGCACAACCUCGUCCAAGAUGGCACGCGGCCUGCCAUCGACAUCGCCGACUGGCUGCGGCGGACCGUCCGCCCGGACGACUUCGUGGUCGUGAAGAUGGACAUCGAGGGCGCCGAGUACGACGUCGUGCCGCACCUCCUGCGCGAGAAGGUCGCGGACCUGAUCGACGAACUGUUCCUGGAGAUCCACACGGAGACGAACACGUGCUGCAAGCCGCCGCACGACGCCGGCCGCCACCGGCCCGACGCGAUGCGGCUGCUCCAGAGCCUCCGCGACGCGGGCGUGUACGCGCACGAGUGGUUGUAACAAUUGUAUU